AUGGCGCGCAGACAUAAGUACGCACUGAUCAGUGAACCUAUCACCGGCGACCACCCCUUCUCCCCCAAUGCCAUGGGCGUAUUCAGACGCUCCGAGACUCCCCAGACUCCUGCGAUUCUCGAGGAAGGCUGGCCGCCCAACGUGAAGACCGACGAAGCGGCAUUCGCUUGGUGGCAGCAGGAAUUGCGCGAGCAGCGCGCUCUCUACUCUCAGAAGCCUACACUCGUUGCAGGGCGCGUCCUCGGCGGUCCCUUUACCAUCAAGCAAGUCCCCGCCGUUUACGACGACGCUUUACCCAGGCGGGCCGUGCCUACGUGUGCUAAACAAGCGAUGGAGAUCGAGAUCACCCUUGUGCACCCUUUGCGAGAAACAGAACCGGGGGACAACCGCCCUUGUCAGACAUGGCUAGUGAGGACCACCACAGACGAUGUCCUGGUGGCAAAGUUCUACUGCGCUUUCUUCUUUGUCCCCUCGGUCAUGUAUUGCCUAUCCUUUGCUGAGUACCGUCUGCCCCACCACUGCGCUCGCACGGAAACGAUGGCGUAUGAAGCUCUAUCGUCUGCACAAGGGCGAUGGCUUCCUUACUUCUUAGGGCGACACGAGGUCAAAUUCGGCCACGGUUUUGCAAUAGACAUGAUCCUGCUAGAGUAUAUCCCAGGGGAGACGCUCCAUGCAUUCAGGUCUGAGCAUCAUCUACUGAAGGGCGGGGGGAACUAUGUCCAACACGAUCCUGAAGAUACGCGGUAUAACACCCUGUCCGAGGACCAUUUCAAGUGGUUCUCAUGGAUCCGGACCUUCGUACAAGAGAUGCACCAGUCCGGGAUCACACACGGAGACCUCAAUACGCGCAAUAUCAUCUUACACCAGCAUGUUGAACCAGAAGGUUCAUACAUGUUGGUUAUAGUCGACUUUGAGCAAGCGCGCGAUGAUCGUUUGCACGGUCGUGAGCUACGCGUCACCACUCAGGGACUCGUCUGCUGUGACAAACAUGCCAGGGAACUCGCGAAACGGUGCAAUGAGGAGGGUAUCCCAAUUACCGACUGGUAUGUCAAUUGGCGUGGUAUCCAUGUGUAG